UGUUAUUUCGCUUCACUCAGGACUAAAGUAGCUGCCGCUUUGUACAGAGCUAAGGUAUCGGCUCCCGGGGCAUGGAUCCCGGCCGCCCUGCGCACCUGUGUUUUAGGCACCCGGCUUGGAUCCCUUACUCCGCGCUUCGCAGUGCGGCCCCACAGCGCCUUCGCGCCACCCGGUUGCCGUGGGAACCGCAGAGCGCGGCUGCACCCGCAGUCCAAGUUGUGUCCGAGGGGGCGAGGGGUACCGGAGCCCGGUAAUGGAGCUGCCAGAUCCGGUCCGCCAGCGGCUGGGAAAUUUCAGUCGGACCGUGUUCAGCGACUCGAACCGGACUGGGCCGCAGAACAACGAGGGUCCGGAUAAUGAAAUGGUCUCCAGUUUGGCCUUGCAGAUGUCGAUUUAUUUUAACACCUACUUUUUCCCGCUUUGGUGGGUGAGCAGCAUUAUGAUGCUUCAGCUGAAGUAUUCAGUCUUGCCUGACUACUACAAAUUCAUUGUGGUCACUGUUAUCAUCCUCAUAACCUUAAUUGAGGCCAUCCGAUUGUAUCUGGGCUACAUGGGUAACCUACAGGAGAAGGUUCCUGAGUUGGCUGGCUUUUGGCUUUUGAGCCUUUUAUUGCAAUUGCCUUUAAUUCUUUUCUUGCUCUUUAAUGAAGGCCUGAAGAAUCUGCCAUUGGAAAGAGCAAUACAUAUCAUCUUCACUAUCUUCCUUACAUUCCAAGUUGUUGCAGCAUUUCUUGCUUUGAGGAAAAUGGUAAAUCAGUUGGCAACCCGUUUCCACCUCCAAGACUUUGACCGACUCUCUGCAAAUAGGGGAGACAGGCAAAGGAUGAGGUCAUGUGUAGAAGAAAUUUGACCCAGUGCUGUUGAGUGGAAAUCUGAAAGAUCAUUCUAGAAGACUCUAAAAGUUAGGAAAUUAUCAGAGAUCUAGCAUGAGAAAGAGGUCGAAGCAAGUGUUUUGAAUUGUCUACUCCCGAGCUCUGAAAUUCCAAGGUUAGGAGGAAUGAUAAGGUUUUGUUUGCACAGUACCUGAAAGCAGUAAGUUAACCCUGAAACCUAGAUAUUGUCCACCUGAUGCCAAAUAUCUUAAUUUUUUAUCAUUGUUGACCUUUUUCUGGUGUGUAGAAAUCUGUCUGUUGGUGUUCAUAAUUUACCAGUUUUACUGUAAUAUUUCUAGUUAGGAGCUGUAAAUAGAAAUAUGUACAUUUCUUUUAAGCUUGUCUUUUACCCACAUCUUAGCUGUAUAUCUCACCAGGUUUCUUAAACUACUUGGAAGUGCUUGUCAGUAUUUUUGUGUUUUAGACUGUAUUGAAAAGCUAGGAGACCCAAUUUUCUAGCUUGCUAGGGUUAGAUUCUAACCCUAGUAUUAUCUGUUAUACUGAGGUUAAGAAGAAAACAGGUGGCUUAUCAUGGUACUUGGGAAAUAUUUUUAUCAUAAAAUUGUCACUUUCAUAAAAUCACGUUCAGUAUUUUUGGUGGUGGUGUGAAAAAAUUUUUUCAAUAAAUUAUAAAGUAUUUAUGUUCAAGUUA